CAGAGGUUCUACUGGCUGUGGACGGAGCCCUCAGGGCCCACCCGUGGCCACAAGCCUGGAGAGUCGAUACCUCCCAGGUUUGCUUUUCUCCUUUAUCACAGAUGCCUUAUUGUGAAAAUUAAGCUAAGUCUUUGGGACAAGGUUAAAAACAAAAAAACUAGCAAGUGAAACAUGCAAUAAAAAACUGAAAUCAACAGAAGAGGCAUAUACUAUAUUCCAUGAUGGUGGUGACCACAGAUCCUAAGAGAAAACAGAGAACAACUGGAUACCUUUAUCCAUCUUUGAUGACAAGGAAAAUGGAAAAACUCAGGAGAGCAAGACUGAAACUACAGAUUUAUUGAAACUUUUGAGGAUUGUAAUCCCUUGAAAUAGGACAGAUAUGGAAUCAUUUCAUUUGGAAGGCCUAGUGGAUGCAAAUUCUAUAGUAGAAUCCAUGAACAUCAGCAGAGUAUCUAAAUAACUAUACUUACGUUUCUGAAAAUAUUAAAGAAAUUAGAAUGGAAAGAAAUCACAAGUUAUCUAUCCCAGUUAGCGCAAAAGAAGUGGAAUAUAGCACAAGCAAAGCAUUCAUAGUACCUAUUUACAAAAGUCCUGAGGAAAAUAAAGGAGAUAAAAGAAAACAUCACACACAAAAAAUCACUGGUGGACUGGAAAACAAACAGAGCCUUUCUUCUAAUAAACUGGAUAUAGACAAUGAGUUAUCUCAGUUUUACAAAGAAAUUCAGGAGCUUGAGAGUGAAAAAGAUUUGGAAGGCAAUUGCCAGGAAUUUAAACUCCCUCAGGAACAAUUUAGUUUGUGUGAUCAAGGCCUUUACAAUGAAAACUUAAAAUCUGAUGAAGAAAAGAAAGAUACUUGGUUUAGUACUAUACAAUCACCUCCUGGUGUUGAGCAAUAUUUUAGUAAGGAGCCAGUUGGUUGGAAUACUGAAUAUGCAAUUAAUGGACAAGUAGAACCUACAUUUUUAAACAACCCAAUUCCUUCUUUUAGGCCAGAAUGGCUACCAUUGGAAUCCUCUUUAGUUCCUCAUGGCCUUUUUCCUCCUGGGUUCAAUUAUCAUUUAAAUGUUCAAAGAUUUAACCCCUCUCCAACUCCACCACCAAAUGUUUUUCAUGCUCAAGAUGUUAAAUUAUGUGAAAUAUACAAUGGAUAUAAUGUAAACAGUGGCGACACAAAUUGGAAUUGUCCAACAUUUGAUCAGCUUAACAGAUAUUCUGAUUGUGAUGGGAGUAAUAGUAGCACACAGGCCUCUAGAAAUGGAUGCAAUGAGCAAGAUGGACGAGAGAGUAAUGGUUUCUGUGAAACAAGAGAAGAAUCUUGGGAAGACCCUUCUCUAUUCCAGAUGGAAAAAACAGACAGGUUUUAUUUAAACCAGCAGUUCCAUGAGGAAAAGCUAAAGAGGCUCCUUAUCCUUUUAAGAGGUCUGCCUAGAUCAGGGAAAACAACACUGUCUCGUGUUCUGCUUGGUCAGAAUCGUGGUGGCAUCGUCUUCAGCACUGAUGAUUACUUUCGGCAUCGAAAUGGGUACACAUAUAAUGUUAAACAACUUGGUGAUACUCAUGACUGGAACAGAGCAAAGAAAGCUAUUGAUCAGGGAAGAUCUCCAGUAAUAAUAGAUAACACUAAUACUCAAGCUUGGGAAAUGAAACCUUAUGUGGAAAUGGCUAUAGACAAAGGAUACCGAGUGGAGUUCCAUGAACCUGAAACAUGGUGAAAAUUUGAUCCUGAAGAAUUAGAAAAGAGGAAUAAACAUGGGGUGUCUCGUGAAAAGAUUGCUCAGAUGUUGGAUCACUAUGAAUUUAAAAUGUCCAUCUCUAUUGUAAUGAAUUCAGUGGAACCUCCACAUAGAAGGUCUGAGAGGCUUCAAAGACAGAGGUGGGGAGGCUGCCCUACUCAUGGAAUCACUUUGAUGUUGCAAAAUAACUAAUAUUCAGUUUGCUUUCAACUAAAAUGAGCUUGUGGCUUACUGUUUAAAAAAUAAAUUGAGACUUUCUGGUGGUUUUUAAAUAGGUUC